AUAUUGUUGGCAGCUUACUUUAAUAUCGCGGAUCUCGCUUUAAUUUUUCAAGUUCACUAUUACCGUAGACGCAACAGGCUUCGACACUACGAAGAAAUCGUGGACACGGGUUGUCCAAUCGGAGAGCAGACGUCCUUGCUCCGAUCACAUUCAUCAUCCCCUCCACCAUCAUCAUUUCACUCUCGACUCCAAAAGUUUCUCGAGAUAUCGGUCGGAAUAAUUGGUGUUUGCUUGACCGGACUAAUUGCCUAUUACUUUUCUUCCAUUUCGCAAGAUGUUAAAAACAGUGACAACGUCAUCCCCCUAAUGUUUGCUCAAAAAUAUGAGGGACAGCAUCUAGAAAUUCUUCCUCAAAUCUGUGGUUGGACUAGUACAUCCCUUUAUC